CCAACAGAAGUUACCAACGUAAAACAAGGAAAGCCAUACACAGACGAGGUCCCUUUUUCUUCAUCUAUCUCAGGAUUCUUCGACCAGAGAAGGGCAUCGAAAUAAACACAGCAAUCACCAAGCCCACCAUAUUUUCGGCCCUCGUAUCUUGGCUUCAAAAUGGCCGACAGAAGACGUAUUAACGGACCAGUUGGGACCACCAACCCUCCCAUCUAUGACGAUGCACCCGAGAAGCAAUCCGAAGGUGUCAAGGUUACAAGGUCACGCCCGGCGAACGUAAUUCGCAAAAUGUAUCUCAAGACGGGAGUGACACCGUCGGCCUCUGGCUCUGCCUACCUAGAGAUUGAGUCGUCUGGAAACGGCGGCUCUGGCUUGAAGCUCAGUUGCAGCGUUCAUGGGCCUAGAGCUUUGCCCAGGUCAACACCUUUUUCUCCUCACAUCAUCUUGUCCACCCAUGUCAAGUUUGCGCCCUUUGCGACCAAGCAAAGGCGUGGUUACAUCCGUGACCCGAUCGAGAGAGAUCUCGGCACUCACCUUGAGACGGCUCUUCGGGGAUCCAUCAUUGCUGACCGUUGGCCAAAGAGUGGUGUGGAUAUCAUCAUCUCCAUCGUUGAAGGAGAGCAAGAUCGGGAGACCUCCAAGGCCCAGGGCAUUGAGGCUUGGGACACCAUGAAUGCCUUGAGUGGCUGCAUCACCGUUGCCUCGGCUGCACUUGCUGACGCUGGUAUUGACUGCGUCGACACUGUUGCCGGAGGUGUUGCCGCGUUGGUACAGGACGCAGGUAAUGACGCUGCUCCCAGCAUAGUUGUUGACCCGAUUCCCUCUGAGCAUGAGAAGGUUCUUGCAGCGUGCUGCAUCGCAUAUCUUCCCACACGACAAGAGGUCACCAACCUCUGGUUCAAGGGUGACCUACCUGCGUCCGAUAUGGACGUUUAUACGCAGCUGAUUGAAAAGGGCAUUCAGGCUUCCAAGAGCGCCAACCGCGUGCUCGUGGACUGCCUGAACGAGACCGUUGGGUGA